GGCCAGGCUUUAUUUGACUGACCUGCCGCCCCCUGCCCUGGCAUCAUCUCAAACCCACUUGCCCCGAGACACCAAGCCUGGUUCAAGCCGCAGGACAGGACGAAAGGGAACAGUGGCUGGAUUCACUUUCAACUGUCGACUUGCCUUCUUUCAACCUUCUUCCCCGCGACAUCGUUAUCGACAUCGACAUCGCGACACGUUGUUGGAGCACCCUCUCCAUCGCCGGGCACCUCGACCACACUCUCUUUCUCCCCACCCCCCGCCCGUCCAGAGAAUCCCCGACAUUUGAUGCCCGCCAUGUACAAGUCCGAUGGCACCACGACGACCUCGGUCCUGAAGAACCUGCCCCAGUGGCUCACCAAGCGGCACGUCCUCUUCGCCCUCGCCCUCGCCACCAGUCUCCUUCUUCUAUUUUCCUUCAACUCGUGGGGCCCUGAAGUGCACCUCCCCCACGUCACCACCGGUACCGCCGAUGCCCAGAAGAGCGCUUCCUCCAACAGCGACAAUGGCCAUUGCCAUUCAGACGUACCGGCGUCCCGAUGAACUGAACCAGACGCUCCACCUCCUCACAGACAACGUGAUUCCCUCUCUGCACGAAAUCGUCAUCGUGUGGAACGACCUCGAGUCCACGCCCCCGCCCAACUUUGUCUCCGCCCACGGCGUCGGCGUUCGUUACCGUGUCUCCCGCCGCAACUCGCUGAACGAGAAGCUGUUCCCCGACCCAGAGUACAAGACCAAGGCCAUCCUUCUUUCCGACGACGAUGUCCACUACCCGCCCGCCGACCUCGACUUUGUCUUCCAGACCUGGCGCAAGUACGGCCGCCACCGCCUCACUGGUGCCUUUGCCCGCUGCGUCGACACCCCUCGCGGGCCCGGAAGCUACCAGUACAGCCUUUGCCGCGAGAAGGGUCGCUCCGAAUACGCCCUUGUGCUGACGGGCCUCGCUUUCGCUCACAUUGAGGUGCUCGACUACUUCUCCUCCACCGACCCCCUCAUGACCCGCCUGCGCACUGCUAUUGAUGAGCACUUCAACUGCGAGGAUAUCGCACUCAACUUUGUCUCCUCCAUGCUGUCCUGCGAGGGCCCCCUCGAGGUUCACGGCAUGGGCCUGCCCGUCAACACGGAGCCCAAGUCGGGCAUUAGCCGCAAGCCGGGCCACGCCAAGCUGAGGAACGACUGCCUGCGCGACUUCUCCGACUGGUUCGGAUACAUGCCGCUGCAGAACACGACCGAGCGCAUUGUGCAGGGUAUCUUGGCGAUAUAA